AUGGACGACCCAACCGGCGCUGCGCCGCGCUCGAAGCCGAAGGGGAUCGACCAGGCCACAAACCCCAGAUGGGCCACUGCAAAGAUCACCGUCAGGGGCACAAUCAUCGUUCUGUCCCUCGCCGCGAGCAUUACCAGUCUUGUGUACCUCGCCGCUCCAAAGCGAUGGGAUACCUGGAUCCUCUUCUCUCCCCUAUAUGGGCUUCCAUAUCCACUUCUCAGCUUCAUAUGGGAGGUCAGCGAGGUCACCAUCCUCCUCGUCAGGCGCGACAAGAACAAGGGCCUCAUCCCGGCCGUGCAUCUCGCCUGCGAGCUGCUAUUAUGGCUCGGGGGCGUGAUCGUCUCGUUGCUGUGGGUCACGUCCGUGACUUCCACUGAGCAGCACUCGGCUACUUUCACGGAGGGCUCGCCAGGCAUACCGGCGUCUACGUAUAAGAUGUGGGCACGCGUGAUCUACUUCUGGUGUGCAGUCAACUUGGCCACUGUCGUGUGCCAGUUUUCCCUCUUCGUCGUUUCCUGCAUAGAGUUCGACCGGAACAGGAGGAACAUGGAGCGGAAAGUGAACGAGCUCCUCGCCAUCUUGGAGGAGCGCGGCCAGAACGCCAACGACGUCCUCGCCUCGCUCCGCUCCCCGCCGCCCGACUACGACAGCACCAAGCCCUCGUGGCCGGUCGAGAUGCCCGCGGUGAACCAGCAGCCGGUGGAGAUGAGCGUCGACGAGCGCCCGAUGGAGGUGGUGGGAAGCCAGGUGGGCCAGGAGAUGUCGGUGCCCGGCACUGAUGAUCAGACUGGGAACCAGAAGUUUGUGCUUAAGCCGAGGGCCUGA